UAUUGUCACUUUUUUGUUUUCUAGGAUGAUCUUGCAAAAGGAAGGUCCUCGUUCUCUGUUUAGAGGGCUGGGUCCUAAUUUAGUAGGCGUUGCUCCUUCCAGAGCGAUAUAUUUUGCUGCUUAUUCAAACUGCAAGGAAAAGUUGAACAAUAUUUUCAAUCCAGAUUCUACCCAGGUACAUAUGAUUUCAGCUGGUGUGGCAGGUUUUACUGCGAUCACAACAACUAAUCCCAUUUGGCUAGUAAAGACACGAUUACAGCUUGAUGCGAGGAAUCGUGGAGAAAAGCGAAUGAGUGCUUUUGAAUGUGUCCGAAAAGUUUAUCGAUCAGAUGGUAUUAAAGGCUUUUACAGAGGAAUGUCGGCAUCCUACGCAGGCAUAUCUGAGACUGUUAUUCAUUUUGUUAUUUAUGAGAGUAUUAAGAGAAAACUUCUGGAGUAUAAGACUGCUUCUGUCAUGGACAAUGAGGAUGAAUUGGCAAAAGAAGCUUCGGACUUUGUUGGAAUGAUGAUGGCUGCUGCCACUUCCAAAACUUGUGCAACAUCAAUAGCAUAUCCUCAUGAGGUUGUACGAACGAGACUAAGAGAAGAGGGAACAAAAUACAGAUCUUUCUUCCAGACACUAUCUUUGCUCGUGCGAGAAGAAGGAUAUGGAUCCCUCUACCGAGGUUUAACUACACAUCUGAUCAGACAGAUUCCAAACACUGCUAUCAUGAUGUCAACCUAUGAAGUGGUAGUCUACUUGCUCGAUGGAUAGCAGCAUGACGAGGCUUCCUAGAAGAAGGUGGAAGAUUGACAGACUGGAGUGGACCGCUGAAUGUCAAUGCCAAUGUGGUGGGCAAAAGGAGAGUUAUAUCAGGAACAUGCAGAUAUGGACAAAACAGAAGGUUGAUUGUGGGCAACUAUUGAAUCAUUUUGCUGCCUUAUUGUAUGGUCUCUUGGCAAUGUGACCUAUGGGAACUGCCCCUUAGGGUAUGCCUUUAUACAGCUCUUAAUUCAAAA